CAAGGGACAAGUGGUGUUGAACUUUCUGCUGGUCUCCAUUGGUACUUAAAACACUGGUGUCUGAUACACAUAUCUUGGGAGAAGACCGGUGGUCUACAGUUGUCAUCUCUACCAAAAGUGGGCUCCCUUCCGCAUGUUCCUUCGGCUGGUAUUUUAGUACAAAGACCUGUUCCGUUGAGUUACUACCAGAAUGCUGUUACAUCCAGUUAUUCAUAUGCAUGGUGGAGUUGGGAAAGAUGGGAGAAGGAAAUUGAUUGGAUGGUUCUCCAAGGGGUCAACUUACCACUUGCUUUCAAUGGGCAAGAAGCAAUUUGGCAGAAAGUUUUUGAGUCUCUACAGUGAUACAUUUGAUGAGAACACUCCACCUGUAGAUGAUCCAAAGUAUAUAUCUUCCUUGGGUUCUGCAAUAUAUAAAGGAAUGCAAAGUGGUGAUGAUGAUGCAAUAUGGCUCAUGCAGGCUCUCUUGCAUUCAGUUCCAAUUGGGCGGAUGGUAGUUCUUGAUCUAUUCGCUGAAGUAAAACCAAUAUGGGUUAAAUCAAAACAGUUUUAUGGUGUUCCAUACAUCUGGUGCAUGCUACACAAUUUUGCUGGAAAUAUUGAGAUGUAUGGUAUUCUCGAUGCAAUUGCACUUGGACCUAUUGAAGCUUGUACAAGUGAAAAUUCAACCAUGGUUGGCGUUGGAAUGUCUAUGGAAGGCAUUGAGCAAAAUCCUGUUGUUUAUGAUCUGAUGUCUGAAAUGGCAUUUCAUCAUAAACCAGUAGAUGUCAAGAUCUGGGUUGACUUAUAUGCAACAAGGAGAUAUGGAAGGUCUGUUCCAACACUACAAGAUGCCUGGCAGAUACUAUAUCAUACUCUAUAUAAUUGCACAGAUGGUGCCUAUGUGAGUUUAAUCUUUGUUUUCUCUAUUGUAGGCUAAUUUAUGACUCAUAGUAGAUCCUCAUUAUCCACAUAUAAACUUCAUAUUCAUCUAAAGGUUUUCAGAGUCAAAUCUUCUUGCUUGAAAUGUGGUGCAUUGUGGCUUUAGAAAACUAACCAUUCUGAGUGUUCACUACAAAAGAUGAUUCCAUUUUUUGUAAAUUAUGGUUUUUGAUAAAAUUAUGUACCACUUUUGAAUCAAGCAAACUUGAGGUCAUUUUUUGUCAUUGCUCUACUUGGAUAUACCAAACAUAGGGUUUAGUUAAGUCUUCGUGACCAAAGUUGACGGCUUUGGGAGGGAUAUAAUUGUUCACAGGAGGUUACAAUCUAGGAUUGCAAAAAGAGAGUUCAAAUACAAAUAAUUCUUCUUCCAUAAUUUUGUCAAUUGCCAAUAGAAGUCACAGUCUAUGAAUGCCAAAGAUCAUUUGUAUGCAUGCAACCAAGAAAGUAAAUGUCCAUAAGGACUCCAUAUUUCUUUUACUUUCUUUAAAAUUAGGAUCAGGAAAAGCAAAUCCAAUUGUCUUCUUUUGAUAAUAAGAAACUUGACAGUUGACACAAUAACACCAAAUAAGUCAAAAGACGAAGAUAUUGUGAAAGCUUGCCACCAUCGGUGGUGAUCACAUUGAAGUGAUCAAGAACCAUAAAGGUACCAGUAAGGAAAAUCUUUUAAUAUUUGAUCACUUGAAUUAAUCAUUACUUUGUCAAUUGGUUCAAUAAUAGCACAAUUAGAUAUUGCCCUAUAUUGACUUUUUAGUUCAAAAGAUCAUGAUGUUUUAAGCUGCUUUAGUUGCAGCAUCACUACUGGUAACUUCAAUGUUUUCUAUCCUUAUUGGGUUUGGUAUUCAGAGAAACACUUGGAUUUUAGUAAAAAUGGAGAUCUACACUCUUCCUCUCUGACAACAGCAGAAAGAGUGCUGCAACUUAAGUCCGAGGAAUCAAAGAGAUUUUACCAUUGAUGUUGAUAAUACAUCAAUGAUGGUACUUACAAACUUGGCUUUAGAUUAAUUACUUUCUAGAUAAAGGUUGAUGAGCAAAUUAUAACAAAAACUAUUUUCAUUUGGAAAGCAAAUAUCAAAGGCAUGAAAAAAAAAAACCAGCUUUUGGAUGUUUUAUAUAAUUAUGCGAAGGUUAUUCAGUUUUUGAGCCAAUGGUAACUUUCAUUUACGAAAUUAUUUCUUGAUUUGUACAAAACCUAAGACUCUAGAAUUUUCUUAUUGAAGAACAAAAUAAAAGAAACAUAAAAUCCUAUUUUCCUAAUCGUAGUUGUCUCAUUUGAUAAUCUUUGAAUUACUUCUACUCAAGGAUCACCGUUUUGGGUACUGGACCCAUUUUGGUAAUCUGCUCAGACUAGUACAUAUCAAUCAGUACUGGUGUACUGUGUGUAUCGGUGUUCUGGAGAAGAAGAAAAAGGAGAAGAAGAAGGGGUGGUAGAGGAAGAGGAGGGAGGAGGAAGGAGGUAGGAGGAAAGAAGAAGAGGAGAUGGUGAAGAGGAGGAAGAGGAAGAGGAAAAUGGGCAUUCCUAUGAGAAGCAAUUAGGCCAAAGGUGGUGUUUGGUGGUGGUGUGCAGUGAGGCCAUGGUGUGCCUGAGAAGUGGAGGUCACAUUGAGAAGCAAAGGUUGCGCUGUGCGUGAGAAACAAUUAGGUUAGUUUCCUUAUAUAUGGAUGAACUGAAUCGCCCUAAACAGGGGCGAUCUGCAUACCACAUACCAGUUGAUAUCUGAACCAGUACGUACUGCCUGUUUCGUAUCAGUCUAAGUGAAACACGUCAUUUGCUUCUACAUCUUUUCAUCUGUUUUCUUAUUCUCUUUAUUAUCAUUUUACUUUUCUUCCUUAUCUUCUUUGUUACGGCCUUCAUCUUUACUAUCGGUCAUGAUGGUUAAUGUCCCAGCAGAGCAUUAGAAAUCUUUGGCCGCUUUUAUAAGCAGAGGCAAAGAAAGAGGUGCUGAGAGCUAAAAGACCAAAGAGAGAGAAUUUCAUGAUCAAGGGCAUUAGAAACUUAAAGUUUGCUUGUGAUUGGAUUGCGCAACUAGACCAUAGUCCAAAUUGAAGUGGUUCAAGCUAAGCUUUCUUCCAGAUUCUAAUGGG